CUUUUGUCUGUGGUGAGAAAGUGAAGACAGUCAAAGUGGGCCAUGGUGUUGUUGUGGAGGAGAAGCUAACUUUUGUCGAUGGAAAUCUGGCCUGCUGUCUUCGCUGGUGUUUCCUGCUAACGUCGAUGUUAGCAACUAGCUUGUUCGCGUAAAUGCUCUUCACUAGAAUGGACCUGUUGAACUCUCAGUUCCUGGACAAGAUGAACAAUAACAUCGGGAGACUGCACUACGACGGUGAGUCCAGGACACCCUCCCUGUCCACUGCUAUGUCUAACAUAACCGGGCCCCCUCCACACUGUCCAAGCAAGCGAAAAUAUGGUGAAGAACAUAUGGAUGACCGAAUCAACUGUGAUGAUGACCACAUGACCAAAAUGAGCAGAUUGUUUGCCACUCAGCUGGCCCGUCCCUCUGCUGGAGACAACAGUACUGAGCACUGGAGCCACAGUCCUGUGGACCAUGUCACAUCCUCCUCUAAUGGUCUCCAUGGGACUCAAAUGUUUGCUUCCAUUUCUGACUAUGCUGUGGAUCAGCCUGUGCCUCUGACCAAAAGCAGCCACGAUGUUGGUGGAGUUGGUGGCAGAGAGAAGUCUGUCAUAAGUGGAACUGUUGAGCGGCAGCAGAAUCGUCCCUCCGUUAUUAUCUGUGCCCCGGCGAGCAACCGCAAUUGUAAUCUCUCUCACUGCCACAUGAAUGGCUCCUCUCCCAGCCCACCUGCUGAUCAGAGGAAGGCCAAUGCUAAUACCGUAUGUGACCCUGUUAUCGAGGAGCACUUCCGUCGCAGCCUGGGGAAAAACUACAAAGAGGCGGAGCCUGUGUCCAACUCGGUGUCCAUCACGGGCUCGGUGGAUGACCACUUUGCCAAGGCACUGGGAGACGCCUGGCUCCAAAUCAAGGCCAAGGGUGGCGGUCAUCAGACACCGGAGGCGGAUUCAUGAAGCAGAGGGGAGUAAACGAUACAAUCACCUUCUUAGCCUAGCAUCAAUUUCCCUUAGCCAAGAACAAUGAAAGACAAAUACUCUGGUGCUCCACGGCUGUUCACAUCUGGACACUGAGGUUGACUUGUUUGUAGAAAAGUCUUUAAAAUUCUGAAAGUCUCUAAACUGAAGAAGGAAAAAAAAAGUAAAUAUUAGAUGCCGUCUUUGGACCGGCAGCGUCGUUUGUGGAAAUUAUACAAUCAUAGUUUUUAUUUUGCAUUAAUGACGACAUUUCUCAAAGCAGGUGGUUGGUUAGUCUAGGUUCUAUUUUCUACCUGCUUUUCACUUGCCUUACUAGCCAAAGAAAUCCCCUGCCUUUUUUAUAUCAACAAAUAAGCCAUAGAUCUGGAUUUCAUGAUUGUCAUUCUCAUAUCACGUUCACUGCUAUCCCGUCUGUAUUACUUGAAAGUGACAGCCAGGUCUCAUUUGCACUAUUGCGUUUCUGACCGGUGAGGUAGUUGGUGACCCGUUCAAGUUCACGUUGUAUUGGAAUUAUCACAAACGCGUCUAAGGCCGAAUCCCGAACUGGACGUAUCCACUGUCGAUUUAUAAGAAGAAGAAAAAAAAGUAAACACCUAAGUUUUAUUUUUCCUGUCUAUACACUCACUGAGGCUAAUUACUUAGUAAAACUAAUAUCAAUCAUAGUACAUAUUGCUAACUAGAAAGCAUGUUUUCAAAUAGCUGGUUUCUAUUACAAUCCUUUAUUUUAUACUAUGAAUAUAUUUACUCUGAAUUUAUUUUUUAUCUGUAACGUUUUUAGAAAUACUCACUGCUGGUACAGUUGUACUCAAUAUAUUUUUUUGUAUCUGGUUUUCAUGACUAUAUGUAGUUCCGUCGUAUCCAUCUACACACCGCAGCCUCUGGACAGGUUGUCUGAACGCAGUUUAAUAAGAAAAAAAAAAGCGUCCGGUUGCUUUGUUAUUCUGCAGUGCUGUAUGCUUCACACACGGCUGAAUGCAGCAAAUUCUCACCCUCUGUAGUGAGACUGUAGUGCAGUCUGUUCGCAGUGGCUUUAUUUAUUCUCAGCACAUUUAUAUAUUGACAACAGAAUUCUUACUUUGCUUCAGUGACAAUUUAAUGUCCCUUUAAUUUUGAACCCAGAAGUAAUUCUGGUGUCAACAUUCCACCACGACUGCCUGGCACACGUUUUCAAACGAGUUUAUCAAAUACUGUUACAAGCAUGACUCUUGUCAUGUGAUUAUGAAUUUAUCAUGGGGAGAGCCAUAAAAAUCAGAUUUUUCUUUUUUUUUUAUAUGCAGUUGAGUUUUGUUUAAAAUUAAUUUCUUUCCCUCCUGAAAAUUGUCUACUUGUAGUAGCAUAACCUAUUGGUCAACACUGAUUAAGAUAGAGUAUUGUAAAUUCAGACUUUUCUAUUGUCGAUUAACUCGUCUGUGAAAACAUAUACAUUUAUAUUAAUAUUUUUACACUUUCUUUGUUGUUACAUACACUUUCCUGUCUUUAUAUUUUAUUUUACCCAUGUAAGACUAUCAUUGCGCCGCGCGGAAUGAUUAUAGAUAUUUUGUUUUCUAUUCAGAGUAGUGUACUCGUGUCACAUGGACGCACAUUAUCUUUUCCACCAUGCGUUCUGUCUUCUUUUCUAAACGUUGAUUACACAUUUAUCAGACGAUUAAAGUGCAGGAACACAACAGUCUUUAGAUCAAAGACUUUUCUCAGUGCAGUGUCAGCGAGACCUCUACACUAACAAGUUUAAGGAGUGACUCUGUGUACCAUAGUGGAAUUUAGGGAUUAUUAUGGGAUCUGCUUGUUUGACACAAGUGGAUUUUUCUAAGUACUAUUAGUCCGUUGUUAUUUAAUUGUUGUAUUUAGACAAGCUGUAUCUCAAAGGCUGUUAGAUGAAAGGACCUGCUCCAGGUGUCUUCCAAAAUGGAAAACAUACUGUAUGUUCACUUUUGUUCUUACUUCUCUGGAAGAAAAUGCCACUGUUUGUACUUAACUUCUUCCAAAUAAACAUACAACAGUUUA